AUGGUUGCUGCCGAUGUCGCGGCGUCAGGAACCGACCGGAUCAAUGCCAUCUGUGGGCAACUAGAUUCGGAGUCAGUCCAUUUCGAGCUGAAACACGAGAUUUAUCUGCUUUUGUCAUCGCGUGACCCUACGCGCUAUGACGAGCUUCUCACCCUGCUUACUCAGACAACGUUAUCACGAUCCCUGGAAGCUCAACAGUGCCUAGCAACUGUGUCAAGAGAGGACGCGACAGUUGCCACGGAAAAGGGGAGAUUAAAGGAGUACCAUCUAUCCCCUUCGCAAUCGAACUUUUGGCAGCUGCAGCUCAGGGGGCUUUGCCAACCAAAUACGACCAGAAACACUUCGUCUUCGCGGGCAGACGGUUUACUACUCGCCAAGUCGGAUACAUCAGACACUGUGACUAUCCCGGGCGGCCUCGAUCCAGCUAUUCACAAGGAUAGCAUAGUGGACGCGACGCACCCACCGAAACCGACUAGUCGAUGCACCGCACUCGCAGUAUUUGGACUGGCGGGGGAUUCAACGUUACUGCUCACGGAGAAACUUUGGACACAAGGAUUCAGUCAUCCACGGCACGUAAACAUGUAUAUUCGCAUCACCGACAGCUAUUGA